AUGCUAAAAUUCAGCUUCAGACGGGAGAAGGACAAGGACUUUAGACAUAUAGCUCCUGGUUUGAUCCCUGCUGCCUCCAUCGCUCCUAAAGCGGCUGUACCUCGUACCCCUCCCCCGAGAAGUCCCCAUCCCUCACCCGAGAGACCCAGGUCAGCCUUAGCUGCAGCCAUUUUGUCUUCGUCGCUCACUGGACAGACGUGGGCAAUUCCUCCUGCUCGGCGGAGGUCCUUCUCUGAGACAGGACAGUCAGAAUCCUUCACGUCCAAUCCAAACUUCAGCACUGUACUUUACGCCAGAGACCGAUGGUCUGAGGAUUUGGCCAGCCGGUCACACCUGUCAUCCCUCGAGCACUCGGAGGGGGAGCUUGAAAACAGGGAAGAGGACAUGGACAAUGGGGAGGAUGGGGAGGAACAUGUCUAUCAAACUCUGGACAGGCGGGAACAUCUAAGAGUGACAGAAUGUGUCCAUGACCUGCCUGCAGAAGCAAAGUCCACAACACCGCUGCCUGCUCAGAUGUCUGACAGCAGAGUGCCAUCUCCAGAUCCCAGCAAAAUAUACAGCGAGGUAAGGAAGAAGAAAAUGAAGAUGGCCGACGAGCAAAAGUUCCUGGAAAAGAGACUGGAGCGCCUGGAGCAGCAGAUCAGUCAGUGCCAAACGUCGUCAAAGCAAAGGUCUUCUGCAGGCAGCCAGACAGAGCUGCAGAGUUUGAGACAACAAGCCCAGGAGCUGGUGGAUGAAAACGACGCCCUGAAGUUGACAGCUCAUCGUCUGAGUGUGGAGCUGAGCCGCUACCAAGCUCGCUUCAGGCCAUUAUCCAAACAGGAGACUUCAAAAAUCAGUGUUUUACCAAAGACGGGUUCUCCUCCUCCAUGGCUGCUGGAUGUGAAGAAUUUAUGCCCUUUGCUGCUGGCGUAUGAAGACAGGAUGGAUGAAAAGGAUGCACUUCUGCAAUCCACGGAGGAGGAAGUGAAGAAGUUGAGAGUUCAUGCAGAGGAAGUGAUCAAAGAAAAUGAGAGGCUUCAUGAGGAAAUGGCUAAGAUUAAUGUGGACAGCCAGAAGGACUGUCAACAACUUCAGCAACAGGCCUUCUUGGUUUUGCAGGAGAACCAGGUUCUGACUGAUCAGCUGGAGGCUCAGCAUGCUAAGGCCAAGGCCAGUCACGGCAGACAACAAUCUGAAGUUACAAAAAUGUCUAAACAGACUAUGUUGUUGGAGGCAGAGACACAGCGUUUGCAGGAGGACCUAGAGGAGAGCAAAAAGGAGGCGCAGCAACAUGCAAAGAAAAUUCAGGUUCUGCAGGCCAACCUGAAGGACGCCGUCACCUGGGACGAACACUGCAGCAUUACUGGGAAACUCAGAAGGCAGCUGGAGCAGGAGGAGAGCAGAAGCAGGAGUGAAAUGGAACGGCUGCUUCGGAGAGUGUCCAGCCUACAAGAAGACAACAAGAGUCUGGCUCUGGACAAAAACAAGCUGACUGCUGAUGUUGAAACACUGGAGGCUGAGCUGCAGCGCUACAGAAGAGCUCAAAGGAAGGCUGAGAGGAGGACGAGCACGUUAAAGAGACAAAAUGACGAGUGUAUCUUGAAGGAGGAGAAGACUCGACAUUACCUGGGAGCUGUCGUUUCUGUGGCUGAGCACAUUUCCAAGGAGAGAGACCAGCUGUUGCACGUGGCGUCCGUUCUUCAGCAGGAAAAGCAAGGAUUUGUCAGCAGCAUUCUGAAGGGCACAGUCCGAUUCAGCAAACUCCAAGACGAGAUCAAAAGUGAGCUGCAGCAGCGGAGCAGGCUGAAGCUAUUUGUGGUCCAUGGGGGCAAAUCCUAA